AGGGUCUGGUGGUGCCGUCCAACCCCAACCCCACUGUAGUUGUCACUCUAUUUUUUUAUGUACUUUCUGCUGAUAAACAAAAGCAACUGGGACUCCUAACUCGAAUCAUUGCUAUAGUGUGCCAGACCAUGUGAUGUGGCCUCUCUCUUUGACAACCUGUUUUUCUUGUUUUUGUGGUAGCUGUUCAUCAUCUUCUUCUUCUUCUUCCCAAAAGCUCACUUAGAAUCUCUUUUAGUGGUUGUUGCCAACCAUAUUAUUCCUUUUUCUCCUUUCUGUUUUAGUCCUCAGUUCAACUUGGAUCUCUCUAAGCUACUGGAAGUCGAGUGAUCACCUGGGAGUUGAGUUCUGAUGGCUACUGAAACUGUUGCACCAGUACCUCCGGUUCCUACUACUGAUGAUGAGCGAGUUGAAAAGAAGGUUAGUGAAGAGAAAAAGGCUGAUGAAGAAUGUGGUGUUCCUUUAACCAAAGAGAGCGGAAAAGAAAUACUUAAAACUGAUGAUUCACUAUGUCUAGAAACACCAGCUGUCGAUCAUGAGAAGAUCGAACCUCCUGUGGUUGAGGCUGAGAAGAUUGUUGAUGCUCCUGUCUCAAGUAUUCCAGUUCUAGAUGAGACUAAGGUUGGAAAUGACCCCAUUCCUGAUAUUCAAGAGCAAGUGGUUGAGGCUGAGAAGAAUGCUGUUGCUGCUGUCUCAGAUGUUCCACUUGUAGAAGAAUCAAAGGUGGAAUGUGACCCCAUUCCUGAUAUUCCAGAGCAAGUAGUUGAUCCUGUGAAGAUCCCGGAAGAGGUUGAGAGUUCAACCGAGUCCGUAGUAAGAGAAGCACCAAAAGAACCAGCUAUAGAAAUCAUUGAAGAAGGGCAAGUAGAACAAACAAAGAUAGUUGAUGCUCCUCAAUCAUCGUUUGAGGCUAUCGAGAAAAUAGAGGAACCAUUGCACAUUGCUACUGACAAAGAGUCAGUGGAAACAGUCCUAACAGAGAUUAAAGAGUCAGAACUGGAGUCUUUGGAAGUACAGAAGCCAGAACUUGCUGCUGCUGAAGUGGAGGAAAAGCCAGGAGAGCCAUGUGAAGUUACUCAAGAAGUUGAGACAAAGCUUGAGGAGGUUGAACUUGAGAAAAAUAUGCAGGAUGAAACUGUGAAAGAUGGAGGGUCUGCAGCUGAUAUGGUUGAGCCUAUCCCAUUCUCGGAGGAAGGGAAAAGUGAAACAGAGAACACACCUAGUGUAGAAGUGGAGGAAGCACCAGAGCAACCUAAAGUUAAAGAAGAUGAUGUUGAACCUGAAAAAUGUCUGGAGGAUGAUAUUGUGAAAGAUGAAGGGUCUUCAGCUAACAAAGUCGAAGCUUCGACAAUACCAGAGGAGGGGCAAACUGAUAAAGACUACAAACCUAGUCAAGUUAAAAGUCCAGAAGAGGUUUACCUUAAGGGAAAUGGAGCAGAUUCUUCUCUACCUGACGCCACAGAGGCAGUUGCUUCUCAGGACCAAAAGAAGGAAGUAACUGAGGUUGAUGUGGUUGAGAAGAUACAAGAAGAGGCAGCAGUGGAGAUCGAAAAAGUUGGAGGAGAGAUUCUGGAAGCUAACGAAACUGAAAAGGACAUUGUUGUAUCAACAGAAUCAAUUAAAGAGGAAGAAAAGGCAGAACUAAAUGGGAUUGAGGUAGUUGAGAAACCAGCAGAAGAGGCAUCAGUAAAGUUGGCAACAGCAGGAGAAGAAAAUGUGGAGACUCUGGAAAUUGAAGAGAAGGAAAAGAGUAAUGUGGCAACUGAGGAAUCAACUCAACCAAUUGAAUUAGAUGAAAAGAAAGAACUAAGUGGACUUGUUGGGGUUGAAAGGCUUGCAGAAGAGGAAUCAGUAAAGUUGGAAACUGUUGGAGAAGAAAAGGUGGAAACUCUGGAGAUUGAAGAUAAGGAAAAGAGUAAUGUGGUAACUGAGGAAUCAACUCAAACAAUUGAAUUAGACGAAAAGAAAGAACUUAGUGGACUUGAUGUGGUUGAGAAGCUCACAGAAGAGGCAGCAGUGGAAGUCGAAAAGGUUGGAGAAAAGAACGUGGAAACUGAAGAUGGAAAGAGUGUGAUAACUGAGGAUACAAUUCAACCAAUUUUAGAGGAUGAAAAGAAAGAUUUAAGUGAUGCUGAUGUGAUUGAGAAAUCAGCAGAUGAGACAGAUGUGAAGUUGAAAGAGGUUGGAGAAGAGAAUGUGGUUAAGAUUGCUGAAACCAAAGUAAGUGAAAAGAAAGAUGAGAUAAUUGAGGAUUCAAGUCAAUCAAUUUUGGUGGAUCAAAAGAAAGAAUCAAAUGGGGUUGAUGAGGUUGAGAAGCUAGCAGAAGAUGCAAUAGUAGAAUCUGAAAAGGUUGGAGAAGCGAUUGAAACAAAGAAUGUUCAAUCUGAAGACAGUGAUAGCAAACCUGUGCUUGAGGAGGUUUUUACUCAACAAGAUAAAGCAGAUGUCAACAGCUACAUUGUUACUCCAUCUGAAGUAAUAGACAAAUCAUAUGAGGAAGCUGGGAAAGAUGUUGAACCUGUGGCAGAAACGGAAAAGGCAGAACACAUAAAAGAUGAGACAUCAGGUACAAUUGAAACCAAGAAAGAAGAUAAUGUAGAAGAGAAGCAGGAUGAAGUCACUACAUUGGUUACAGAACCACUUGGAGAAUCCAAGCCAUCUGAGCCAGAAGUGAAAGGUGAUGAACCUGUUACAUUGGAGAAAACCACAGAGGAUGUUGCAAAAUCUGAUCGAAAUGUAGAGCUUCCAGCAAAGGAUGGUGAUGACACAAAGAGCUCCGAAGACCUGCCCAAAGAAGUUCCAGCUAAGACCUCUCAGAAACAAUCAACUACCAUUUUAUCAAAGGUCAAGCAUACACUUGUGAAGGCAAAGAGAGUUAUUACCGGGAAAUCUCCAAGCUCGAAAACCCCUGCCUCUGAAACCAAGGAUGAUAUUAAAGUCAAAUAGCAGGAUGCAAUCAUAUAUUAGUCAUCCUUUCUUUUGGUUUCCCUUAUUCUUGUGAUUCUUUUACUGUUUUUGUUUGUUGGUUUUGCUGCUCAGUCUCAGUUCUUGGCUUGUAUGUUGAUGGUCAAAAGGGUGUGUGGAUACUAUAUAGAAGAUAUCGGCUCUACUAUAUAGAAGAUAUAGGCUAUGCCAUACUCGGUAUUGUAAAUUGGUGUGUGCGUCUGUUUGUAUGUGUGUAGAAGAUUUAGGCGAUGCCAUAGUGUUGUAUGUUGGUGUGCAUAUUGUUAGUUGUUUUCCCCCUUUUGUUGAUUUCCGUUGUAACUUUAUGGGUGCUUGAUUUUUGAAUUUGUUGUCAGUUAUAACCAGGAAAGAAGUCUGCUGUUGUGAAAAUGAGUUGCAAUUUUCUUCUCCUACAGCUGUGCAUUUCACUAGAAAAACUGAAGUAUCAAAGCAUUGCCUACCAGGAGGAGAAGAAUCAAAUUGGUUGAAUAUGGGAAACAAAACCUUGGUCACUCAGAACAAGUCAAAUGAGCAUGGUGGAAUCAUGUACUUUUUAUUCUUUACGUUUCUCAACAAUAUAGAGCUUUUGUAAAUUGUUGAUCUAGGAAACUUUCAACAUCCUGCUUUAUGCAGCACAGCAGAUAGUAUUGAAACUCUUGACAUAAUUGAAACAAAAAUAACCAUCAAAUACCCAAUAUUCUUAGUU